UUCAAGAAUAAAAAAGCCGAGGGAAGCAAGUCUUCAGAACAAAAAGUUUCCUCUGUGAAGACAAAUGUUUGGCCUCUUUCUCCCGGGGUUGUGUGCAUACAGAGAUCCGAGAAUCGCGUUUUAUGUGUGACCGCACGGAGGGUUGGACAAAUUGAAGGAGCAACAGGAGGCGGCAGAGACGCUUUCCAGAAGAAGCAAGGGGAGAGAGAGAGGGAAGGAGAGAAAGGGAGAGAGAGAGAGACAAUCUCACUCUCCCAGUCGUAGUUGCAACCGGAUCGCAUACAGCGUCUAUUUCGACACUGCAAUAGCAGGACAAUGUCUAGUAAAGCGACUUUAGCCUUACUCAUCUAUGGACUCAUAAUGCACUACAGUGUCUACUGCUCACCUCUCGGGCUUAACUAUCCUAACCUUAGACUUGAAAAUGAGGUUUAUGACGAGGACGGGAAUUCGUUACCGGCCUUGGCUUUUGACAGCGAUCAAAUUGCUAUAAGAAGUCCCCCGUCUGUGGCUGACGAUGUGUACACUUUAUACUACCCACCGGAGAAAAGAACGGAAAGGCAUGCAGACGGAAUGUUUAAUAAAGCCUACAGGAAAGCGCUGGGUCAGUUAUCAGCAAGAAAAUAUCUUCAUUCUCUGAUGGCAAAGCGUGUAGGUGGAGGGAGCACCAUGGAAGACGACACAGAGCCUCUGUCAAAGCGACAUUCGGAUGGGAUCUUCACAGAUAGCUACAGCCGCUACCGAAAGCAAAUGGCAGUAAAGAAAUACCUGGCGGCAGUCCUUGGGAAAAGCCCUGAAGACUUAGGUUUUCACCAUAUUCUACAAGACAUAGACUUUGAUGCCCUCCCGGAUGGGGAUGAGUUUGAGGCUAUUUUGGGAGACUGGCUGAAACAGUUCUCUCCCGAAUUUCCGGCUUUGUGACGCAGGAUGCAGCUUGCGGCUGUGGUGCCUUGCUCCGACUUUAAAAUCGCCACGAAUCACAGAUGGCUAUUUAGUAGCCCUACAAUGCUGCACAUCAUCAGCUUACAUUUCACCCUUUGGUUGUUGUUUUUGU